AUGGUAGAUGUCGGCUUGGCGGCUGGUGUCCUGCUUCAACGAGCAGAGGAGUUGCAACAACGCGACGAUGACAUGGUGGAGGCCUCCAAAGGCAGCAAGCGACGACUGAGUUGGGGUGCCUGGCAGGCGAAUCGAAACUUGCGACAGGUGCGCACGGACUACAACCGCUUCAAGUGCGAUGUUUUGUUGCUUGAGGAGGAGUUUGAAAAGCUGCAGAUCUCCAAGUUCAACAAAGGAGAGAGCUUGUUGGUGGCCGUGCUAAAGCUCUGCUGUGGCAUCCUCUUUGCCAUCCUGUCACUGGCCUGGGUCCUGCAGAUCAUCAUGAGUGUCAUAGUACCCCAGAUCUCAGGGCAGCCUGGACCGCCCUUCUUGAACAGCCUCCUUGCUGCGUGCGAGGAUGCAGGGUUGUACCCCUUGGGCGUGGCGCUCUAUGCGUGCUUCAACUUCUACAUGCUCAUUUGCGUCGUGAAAGGCUGCACCAAAUUUGGUAUGCGGAUCGCGUUCUUCCUGAGUAUCCAUCCCAUGCGGGCGCAAAAUACGCCGUUGAACUCCAUCCUUUUCAACGUGGAGAUGCUGCUAGUCUCCUCUGGAGCCCUGGUGCAGUUCUCUCAGACCACCUUCAGCGACUACGCGCGGCUCACGGAGGCCGACGUGAUCUUUUCAGCGCAGAUCCAAAGAUUGACCUUCUACAGGUUCUUCUUUGAGAACCACAUCUUCAUCAUCACCAUGCUGUCUGUGUUUCUGAUUGCCCUGAUCUUCUUGCUCGUGAGGCCUCGAGAUCAAGGAAGUGUGUCCUUCAGCGCGCCCGACAAGAAGUUGGUGUCCUUGGCCACAGCAGCCAAGACCGACAAGUGCUGA